AUGACUCUGAGCGUAUAUGCUCCGGCUAGCACCAAGCGUUUUGGCCACCCAAAAACUGCUUGCCGCGGGAAACUUACUUGUGCCCGCUGUGCGGAAGUCGAUCAUGAUAACGCUGAGUGUAAUGCAACAGAAAAGUGCGUAAAUUGUAAGAGCAACCACACUGCUUAUUCUCGGUCUUGCCCUAUCUGGAAGUUUGAAAAAGAGGUCAUUGAAGUUAAGUUCAAGGAACAGAUGUCUUAUCCCGAAUCCCGACGGAUUGUCAAAGCUCGGACAACGACGUCUGAUACUUCAGAUACGGUCAACUCGGAAACAGUUAAAGCUCAACGCAAGAAGCCUUCUAAAGCUGAAAAGUCUUUAAAGCUUAAAAUUUCUAAGCACGGUUUUCCUCGUAAAGAUUUAGCAAAGACGUUCAAAAAUAAAAAAAAGCAAUCUUUAGCCCUGGGUAUUGCGGAGGAAGGCCUCAUACAUAAAGAUUUACCUUCUUUGUUCAGUGGCACUCCAAAAAGUUCUGAUAUAAUUAACUUACAUCCCUCGGAGGAGGAGGAUGAAGAUCUUAGGAUGAGUUGCGAAGUUUCUCCAAUUCCUAAUGUUUCCGUCUCAAAUUCUUUUUCACCUCAAAUUACUUAA